AUGCAGCUCACAGAAGCGCGACGCGUGACGCGCCCGCCGCGCGUGCAAGAGAGGUGGAGUGUGAGUGGAGAUGCGUGCAUGCAUCCGCGCGUCUCGUGCACACGCUCAAGUCGUGAGUGUUGCUUCCUGCCCGCUCAUCCUCAACACCACCACCAUCAUCAUCAUCGCGCGUGCAGGCCAGCAUCCCAUAGCCAACGCACUACCAUCCGCUCACAAUGUCCUCAUCCGCCGCCGCCGCAGCAUCCUCCUCUUCCUCCUCUUCAGCAGUCAUCCCAUCGCCAGACGUGCCAAGCACCGAUGCUCACAUUCAGCUCCUCACCGAACAUCUCGGCUUCAAUCCAAAGACGUUCAUCGAUGAUCUCGUCUACACUUCCAACGAGCACUUGUACUUUAUCGCAGAGCAAUUUGAAAAUCACGUCAAGCAUUGUCUAAAGGGUCAAGAGGAUGGCGAUAGGCAGGCUGAACAGGUGAGUGCCUCCCGCUGCACUGCACUGCUUCAAUGGCGACGCUCAGCUUCCGCCUUGCUCAUCCCUCCUCUUCCAUAUCGCGCGCCCACACGCAGGGAGUACAUGCGCUCUUGACCUUGCUCGAGAAUGCCCUCGAUGCCACCUUUGACACGCUGGAGCUGUACUGUCUCAGGCACGUGUUCGGCAUCACCCCGCGUCAAGCAGCCCUCAUCACCCUUCCCCACCAUCGAGGUCUGGAUCUGCGCCCAGCAGCCAGCAGGAGCAGGGAUGGAGACAAUGUUGAUGCGAGUGCACCCCAAUCCUCCAAAGCCAGAAGGAAAAGCAGCUCUUCCAAGCGCAACGAAGAGCACAUUGGCCAUGCAGCGACAUCCGCUCGACAGGAGAGCGAACAGCUGGCAGAGCAGGAGAGAUUGCUGAGGAGGAAAAUCACCGCUGUGAGUCGUUCCGUCUGCGGUGCAGCGCGCCUUUGACUGAACGGCGCAAAUCACAUGCCUCGCACCUCUUUCUAUCGCGCACACAUCUUGCAGGCUAGAGCAGUCAAGCACUCACUGGUUUUGGCUACCGAAGCAGCGAAGCGCAAGCUACAUCGAGCAGAGUCCGUGCUGUCAACAUUCAGCGCGAUCCUCAGCCAAGAUCCAACCUCUUUCACCUCUGCGCCCAUCAUUCCUACGACUUUGCCUCAGGCUACGCGAAAGAUGUUGACGGAUACUUCGGAGCUCAUCUCUUCGCUCGAAGCUCUACGAGCCGUGGACCCGUUGGGCGCUUCCUUAUCCAUCGAGGAUAGGCCUGGCGGUAGUGGACCCACGUCGGCUUCAUCCUCGGACAGGACGGGCGCGUCUGGGAGCGGGUCGACCAAAGAGAAAGCAUGGAAAGGGGACAGGGACAAGUAUGUGGCUUGGGAGGCCAAUCAAAUCAUCGCAGGUGUCAAGGCCAAACAGCGAGAGAGGGAAAGGAGCAUAGCGAGUGCUGCUGCUGCUUCUGCUGAUGCAGCGGCGUCGACGGAAGGAGGACCAUCUGCAGCUGGCAAAGGCGGCGAGAGAAAGUCUCAGGCGCCUGGCACGCCUAGAGGCAACAAGCGCGGCAAUGCAGCUGCCGAAGGCACCGCUGUGUCUAAGCGCAAAAGCGCGAGGUGA